UAUUCUGUCUUCUCAAAGGCGGGAACGACUAAGAAGUGAAGUAGUCGGGAAGGGAGAUCAGAGAUGUCGAACGUGGUGGUGCUGGACAACGGCGGGGGGCUCUGUAAAGCCGGAAUCGGCGGCGACAGAGACCCAUCGGCGGUGGUUCCCAACUGCCUUGGCCGCCCCUCCUCCUCCAAGAAAUGGCUCGUCGCCGACCAACUCCAAGCCUGUGAAGACCUAACCUCCGUCUCCCUCCGCCGCCCCUUCGACAGGGGCUACCUCAUCAACCCCGACCUCGAGAAAGAAAUAUGGGACCGCAUCUUCCGUUCACUCCUCCGCGUGGACCCUACCGCCUCCUCCCUUCUCCUCGUUGAGCCCCUCUUCAACCUCCCCUCCAUCCAGCGUUCGACCGACGAGCUUGUCUUCGAGGACUUCGGCUUUCGCUCUCUCUACGUCGCCGACUCUCCCUCCCUCGUCCACCUGUAUGAGGCUAGCCACCGGCCUGACGGACUUAUCUCGAGGGCGCAGUGUAGUCUCGUCGUCGACUGUGGGUUCUCGUUCACCCAUGCCGCUCCGGUGCUGCAGAAUUUCACCAUUAAUUAUGCUGUUAAGCGGCUUGAUCUUGGGGGCAAGGCUCUCACUAACUACCUCAAGGAGCUUGUGUCUUAUCGGUCCAUCAAUGUCAUGGAUGAGACUUUUCUCAUCGAUGAUGUCAAGGAGAAGCUCUGUUUCGUCUCGCUCAAUGUUCCUCGCGACCUUCAGAUUGCCAGGAGACCUGGAAAGGAUAACCUCUUCAGAUGCACAUAUGUCCUUCCUGAUGGUGUUGAACAUAUGAAGGGUUAUGUAAAAGAUCUGGAUGAAGCACAAAGGUACCUCACAUUGCCAGAUGAAGCCUGGUUUCCAUCACAAGGAAUGAAGGAUGGAUGUGCAGAAGUUCCAGAAAAACCUGAAGAUAGGAAGAGAAUUGAUUUGACAAAAAAUGAAUUUAACUUGACAAAUGAACGAUUCCUUGUCCCAGAAAUGAUUUUUCGGCCUGCUGACUUAGGAAUGAACCAAGCUGGUCUGGCAGAGUGCAUAGUACGGGCUGUAAAUUCCUGCCAUCCUCAUCUUCACCCAGUACUCUAUGAAAGCAUUAUUUUGACUGGUGGAAGCACAUUAUUCCCUCGAUUUGCUCAAAGACUAGAAAAGGAGCUUCGACCUCUUGUACCUGAUGACUAUCAUGUACAAAUAACAACUCAAGAAGAUCCAAUUUUAGGUGUAUGGAGAGGGGGUUCACUUCUUGCAUCUAGUCCUGAUUUUGAGGCAAUGUGCGUCACCAAGUCCGAGUAUGAGGAGUUAGGAUCUGCCCGCUGUCGACGACGGUUUUUUCACUGAGCACCCAAAGUACAAAUAGGAAGGUCUCUGGAAGAAACCUUCAGAAUUUCUGUAUGAAGCUGUUAAACGGAAUUGGACAAAUAUAUCCAUCAUGUCAACAUGGAAAAGCUACAGCACAAGCUGCUUGGACAUUUCUCUGUUAAUGGAGUGCUUUUCAGAUGCUUAAGGCUUCUGUUUUUAUGGUAAAUGUAGGUGCCAAGAUGCCAGAGCCUACUUGGAAAAAUACAAGGUAAAAGUGGCAUGCAAAGGCUAUAUCAAUGAAAGCAAAUGUUCUCUCGCCAUUAUUGGGUGCAUGCAAUCAUAACGAGGAAUAUGGAUGGGACGAAGUAACACCCAAAGUUGGAUGCAGUUUAAUCUUUUUGUUUCCAACGCGACCAUGUUACGUAAGCCAACUACUUCUGGCCUACUCUACUAGACUGCUGCUAGAAAGGUAAACCGUUUCGUGUAUUAUUUUGAAUGUCAUAAUGAACGAUAUAUUGCAGCUUAGUAAUCUUUGCUUUCAGUGCCUUCAGUGAGACUGCGUUUAUCAUAUGGUAUAUAAUGUUCUAACUUUCAUUAUGCUUCAGAAGAAUUGUGAGAGAUUUAACCGCAUUUUAGUUGCAUUGAAUUCUGUGAUAUGGAUGUGCAGAGUGUUGGAUUUC